CGCAGGCAGAGCCGGGACCAGGAGACCCCCGUCGACUUCUUCUACUUCUCGGACUUUGAGCGGCACAACGCAGAGAUCGCAGCCUUUCACCUGGACAGGAUCCUGGAUUUCCGGCGAAUCCCACCAGUUUCUGGCCGCUUGGUGAACAUAACGAAGGAGAUCCGGGACAUCACAACCGACAAGAAACUGGCCAAGACCUUCUUCAUCUCCCCGGCGGGCAACGUCUGCUUCUACGGGGAGUGCUCCUACUACUGCUCCACCGAGCACGCGCUGUGCGGCAAGCCCGACCAGCUGGAGGGCUCCAUGGCCGCCCUGCUGCCCGACAAAGCCCUGGCCAAGCGCCGCUCCUGGCGCAGCCCCUGGCGCCGCUCCUACCACAAGAGCAAGAAGGCUGAGUGGGAGCUGAACCCCAACUACUGCGCCCAGGUGCGCCAGACGCCGCCCUACGACAGGGGCCAUCGCCUGCUCGACCUCAUCGACAUGACGGUGCUUGACUUCCUCAUGGGCAACAUGGACCGGCACCACUACGAGACCUUCGAGAAAUUUGGGAACGACACCUUCCUGCUUCACCUGGACAACGGCCGCGGCUUCGGCACGCACUCGCACGACGAGAUGUCCAUCCUGGCCCCGCUCCAGCAGUGCUGCAGCAUCAAGAAGUCGACCUACCUGCGGCUGCAGCUGCUGGCCACCGAGCCCUACCGCCUGAGCGAGCUGCUGCGGGAGGCGCUGGCCGCCGACCCCCUGGCACCCAUCCUGGCCGAGCCCCACCUGCGGGCGCUGGACCGGCGCCUGGGCAAGGUGCUGGCGGCCGUGGGACGCUGCCUGGCCCGGGCGGCCCGGCCUGGGGAGGUGGUGGUGGACGACAUGGGGCCGUAGGAGUGAUACGGGGUAGGACGGAUGGGUUUUGUCCCACUGCAGGCACAGGGUGUGUGGCGUCGGGGUUUGGCAGCCCCGUACCCUGCGGUGUGGACGGGGGCAUUUGGGGUGGUGCGGUGGGCCAGCGCGCUGCGAGGAUCGCUGGGAGGGGUGGAUUAUUUAAAUAAAAAGGUUGGCCUAGUGGAGAAAACACAUAAAACACGUUCGGGAUCCUGGCCACCGGGGCUGUUUUUCCA